UGUCUGGAGAUGCCACCAAUCAGACGCGGGGCUUUGUCAAGGUUGGUUUGUGCGCAGGAACAGAGGGACCGUUGCUGUCAGUGGAAAGUUGUCCAUCCAGCACCAUGGGAAAGAAGAGUCGAGUGAAGACUCAAAAGUCGGGCUCAGGAGCCAGCGCUGUGGUUUCACCGAAAGAGAUGAUGAAUCUCAUCUCUGAGCUGCUGCAAAAAUGUAGCAGUGCAGCACCCUCUGCUGGUAAGGAGUGGGAGGAGUACACCCAAAUUAGAGGCUUGGUUGAUAAGAUCCGCAAGAAACAGAAGGGUAUGUCAGUGGUGUUUGAUGGUAGUAGAGAGGAUUACAUCCCAGAACUGAUGUCUUGGGCUGAGCAAAAUGGAGCUUCCUGUGACUGCUUCACUGUGACCAACUUUGGCACAGAGGGCUACGGCCUGCGAGCCACCAUGGACAUCAAGGCAGAGGAACUGUUCCUGUGGAUUCCAAGGAAGAUGCUGAUGACAGUAGAGUCAGCCCAGAACUCUGUUCUAGGUCCUCUGUACAGCCAGGAUCGCAUCCUACAGGCCAUGGGCAAUGUGACACUGGCCCUCCACCUGCUCUGUGAGCGGGCCAACACGGCUUCCCAGUGGCUGCCAUACAUCCACACUCUUCCCCAGGAGUACGACACGCCACUUUACUACCAGCAGGACGAAGUGGAGCUGCUGCUGGGUACACAGGCCGUGCAGGAUAUUCUGAGCCAGUAUAAAAACACUGCACGGCAGUACGCCUACUUCUAUAAACUGGUCCAGACUCAUCCUGCAGCCACCAAACUGGCCCUGAAGGACAGCUUCACAUUUGAUGACUACAGGUGGGCGGUGUCUUCAGUGAUGACCCGUCAGAACCAGAUCCCGACUGAGGACGGGAGUCGCGUCACUCUGGCUCUUAUCCCCCUGUGGGACAUGUGUAACCACACAAAUGGACUGAUCACCACUGGGUACAACCUGGAGGACGACCGAUGUGAAUGUGUGGCGCUGCAGGACUACAAGGAGAAUGAACAGAUCUACAUCUUCUAUGGCACCAGGUCAAAUGCUGAGUUUGUCAUCCACAACGGCUUCUUCUACCAGGACAACGCCCAUGACCGAGUGAAGAUCAAGCUGGGUGUCAGUAAGAGCGAGCGCCUGUACGCCAUGAAGGCUGAAGUAUUGGCGCGAGCCGGCAUCCCAGCGUCCUGUGUCUUUGCUCUGCACUGUAAUGAACCCCCCAUUUCAGCCCAGCUCCUAGCCUUCCUCAGAGUCUUCUGCAUGACGGAAGAAGAAUUAAAGGAAUACCUGGUCGGAGACCAUGCAAUUAAUAAGAUAUUCACCCUGGGCAACAGUGAGUUCCCUGUCAGCUGGGAGAACGAGAUCAAGUUGUGGACUUUCCUGGAGACCCGAGCUGCUCUGCUGCUCAAGACCUAUAAGACCACCUCAGAGGAGGACUGCUUCAUGCUGGAGAAACCUGAUCUUUCUCUGCAGUCCCGCGUGGCCAUACAGCUGCGUCUAGCUGAGAAACAGAUUCUGGAGAAGGUGUCAUCAAGUGGACGAGCUAAACGUUUGCACUUCCAACAGAAGCUGGAGGAGGCUGCACCAUUGCCUCUCUAUGAAGAAAGCGAUAUCGCUUUGCUGGAGAAUACUGAACCAGAUGCAAAGCUUCCUAUUGUUCUCCGCAAGCUGGAGGAGGUGGAGGAAGGCCAGGAGAUCCAGGUCGAAGAGCACAGUCAUCUCCUGAAUGGGGAGAAGGUGGUGUACAGGAUGGAGGCAAAUGAAAAGCCAGUGCAGGAGGAGACUCAGGAGAGGGUCAGCAAAGAUGUUCAUUAUUCAGCUUUGGACUCAACUGGAAGUUCAAACCAGAAAGGUCAAAUGGAAAUGGCUGACCAAAGUGCUAACCGAACUGAAGAGAUUCCCAAAGAGAGGAGUGAAUAAAUAUAUUCCGCUUACAGCCACAGCCACGCUAUUUAUUUCUUUUUGUGUCUCUAAAAUGACUCAGAAAUAUCAAAGCUGAAAGAAACAACGAUGUUCACAUUCAAAUCAGUGUGUGCUUAAAUUUGAAAUGUAGGUUUGCAUUGAAAGGUUUUAGUGGCAGGUGGAAGGGGUGCAGAGCAGGUCCCAGCAGAUCAUCAGAUGAAUACAAAAUUAAAAAAUAGAGUUAGGUGAAUGUUAUUUCCACAAAACCAAAACCUCUGUACUGAUGUGAAGCGGUUGGUUUAUUACUGCAGUUUUUCUCGAUAUGUUUCCAAUAUAAUUUGAGUUGACAAUCAUUUUCUAUGGGGCAUCUUGGGGUGUGCCGCUGAUUUAAGACCAUCGCUGGCCUCCUUUUUUCUUUUCUCUGCUUCAAAUAAUUUCAGGCUGAAUAACAAUUGGGUAGCUACAGCCCAUCUUAAAAAGCUGUUGUUAUUUCCUGUUUUUAAAGUAUCUUUAUGAUUGUAGUCAGUUUACGUUAGAGUGAGUAUCUGUGGAUGUGACUUUAAGGGAAUGAUGUGUGACACAGUUAUCACUGUUGUUUCCCCUGAGAAAGCCAUAUACAGGACUCAGUGUUAACUUACUGUGCACUGAUACAAUGCCAAUACUGACUGAAAAACUCACAUUUGAUGCACAGGCUUUAAUGCUUAUCACUUAUUACAUUGGACCUUUAUAAUAGUGUGUGUGGUCAUGGGGUUUGUCAGUUUUACCCAUUUACUGAAAACACUUAUCAUCAUCACUCACCAUACUGUGGAGCCACAUUCAGUACUGUGGUACAUUGACAAUACAUGAUUGAUACUAUUUGACAGAGUUCAUCUUUGAGCCUUCGGCCACAUUUCAUCUCCAUCGGAACAUGUUUGUUCAGGUGACACAAGUCACAACAAGUGGUCAUAAUGGGGCCGCUUCCUCAAGUCUGAUCACUUAACGUAAAAUUAUCAUUAACCCUCCCUGCAGACACAGGAUCUUGAUCCCAUAAUUUUUUCAUUGCUUGUUAGAGUCCUCUAUUUUCAUAAGAAGACAACGUUAUAUUGCGCUAUAUUACCGACUUGCUGGUAGAUGAAGAGGGCAUGCAAUGGGUCAAGCUGACAGUGAUUGCCCUCUGAGCAAGUCAUGACGGGUGGAAUACGUAUCUUUUCCCACUGUUCGAAUAAAUGUUUGAAUAUUAUAGUUGAGUGGUCGGUGAAUAUCAGGUUCUCAGAAAGCCCUACCUGUAUAUGAAGGAGGUGAGGUAUAUGCUGAGGUCUUUCGAUGCAUUGGAUGUCCUCACAACUUUUUCAAGAUGUCCUUUGACUCCCUGAGUCUGAACCCUUCCUAAUUCAGUAGGGGUCAAAUGUCAACAGAUUACUCCAAUCAUAUAUGACCAUUUGUUACCAUGUCGCAAAAGUUUUAUAUUUAAUCUGGGUCACGUGUUCAUUUCUAAACCAACUCUUGGGGAGAAAUUUAGCAAACUGCUGAAUGCUGAUGAAGAGCAUGAUAUGUAGUUGAAAAGCUCAGGAGACACUUGUUGGUGUAAUUUUAAUUUAUUCUGAAGAUCUACUGUUCCCAAAACUGUCUCUCUUCCAUUAUAAUGAUGAUGUAAUAAAGUUUACCCUCACAAAAUUGGACCAGGAACACAGUGGAGCCCUAUUAUCAAUAUUUACUUCACUGUGAAGAUAUAAGAAUCAUCACUUGUUGCUCUGAGGUGAAACUAUAAAAUAUCCUGGUACAUUUUUCAAAAGAAGCCAGGCCAGUUAUUGGACUUAUUGUCUGUGGGUUUUUUUGAGAAGGUGAAUUCACUUGUCUUAAACCUGUACACCUGUCUGGGCAGUCCCACUUCAGCUCACAUAUACUGUAUUUAGCAUCCUUCACCUUUAGCUUGUCAACUAGUGCAGUGCCCCGUCAAGCUGGGGUAUGAACUUCACUUUGAUGAUGUUAUCAGCAACAUCAUCUGUGACUGUUUUCUCAGUUGAAAGAAAACACAAACCCGUGGUACUCGCAAAUGCAGUCGACUAUUCCUGUGGUCGUUAGAUUUUCACCCGCCAAGUUUGAAUUGUAUCUGCUGAGUGGUGUCUGAUGUGUUGAGCAUGGAAGAGCACAGAUAUUCAGGGGAGAAAGGGUUCAGUUGAGUUCUACAAAUCAGAAACAAGCACUGAUAACACUCACUGGGCUGUUAGCUCGUCUUCUUACUCUUGCUUUGUUGCAGCCUUUUAGCAGUUUUCUUUCUUCAUCGUUGUGCAGAUGCCACACCAACGGUAAAUAUGAUUUACAGCCUGUUGUUUUAACUGAUCAGUAACUGUUAUCAGCUGUGCUUUAAACACUGAUCAGGGAUACAUGAGCCUGACAGAUCUGCACUGGCUAUAGACCUUCACCUUACUGGGUUGUAUAUGUAAACUGAUAUUUUGCCCAUCAAUACACUCUAAACCAUCAUGAUAAAAACGGAAAUCUCUCAUGAACUACAUUUUUCAGAACUAUCAUUCAGGACUUUUUGGAAGCAGUUCCAGUUCCAGUCUUCUUAGUUAAGUCUACAAGCUUUGCACACCUGGAUAUAGACAGUUCUGUCAUUCUUUGUCACUGAUGUCCCUCACGCUACGUUUGAUUGGAUGUAAAUUGUCUGUGAACUGACGUCUCUAGAUCUCUCCACAGAUGUUCUAUGGGGUUUAAGUCUAAACAGUGGAGGACAAUCAGGCUUGUCUUUAAGCCACUCCAGUGUUGUGUGGGCUGUUUACCUCACAUCUCUGUAUCUGGCUGCAUUCGUCCCCCACUCAGUUCUGACCAGUCUCCCUCCCUCUGUUGCUGAGAAGCAACCCAAUAGCAUGAUGCUUCCCCCAACAUGUUUUGCCUUACAGAUGUUAUUAAUCAGGUGAUGAGCAGUAUCUGUUGUGUGGUGUUAAUGUUUUGUUUCAUUGGAUCAGAUUAUAUUAGACCCUGUGCGCUGAGUCCUUUAAAUGAUGUUUGACUGCUAACAGGCUGUCAAUGAUGUCCAGGUGUCAUCUUCACCAUAAAGGCUUGACCAACGGAGGCUGCUCAUCCCAUUUUUGUCAGUUUUCUUUUCACUGCAGAGGGCGUCUAAAGCUCUGCUAGACUGAACAACUUAAAGAUAAGUCAAUAACUAUAAAGUAUUCACCAAAAAUCUUUAACUUCACAGUAUGACCAGUAUGUAUAUUUAAAAAAAUGCUGAAUGAUAAGGAGAAAUGUAAGUGAACUAUCCUUGGUCUCCUCUUUUGGAUGAUGGUUUCGGAAAUGAUGAUUGUUUGAUACUGUAUGUGGAAACGCCAUCGUUGAUUUGUUGUCUAACCUUUUAACUCUGCAUAUUCAACCUUUCAAAAAUCAGACCCAUGUCUGCUGUGAGCCAUGGUUUGCUAAUGUAAAAUCAGCCACUAAGGCCCAGUACACAUCCGUUAUUAAUGUGUUUUUUGUGGUCGGAUCACAAGUGGACAGCUCUGAGUGCAUUCGAUUACACCUGACAUCGUCUCGUGUUCGGAUCUCAGGUCGAAACUCACUUCAGUUCCCUAUAUUCAAAUAAUCGAACCUGUCCAUCAUUUACACUGUCAAAAGUUAAAUGCAUUGCGGGAAGCUGCAAGGAGAUAAAGAAGAAAUCAAAAUAACACAGACAAUGGGUUCUUGGCUGAAAAAACUGCAUCUGUUGUUGUUGCUGCCUAUUGCUACAGUUUAAAUGAUGCCUCCAGUGUAUUUUCCGCUAAGACCUCUGUUGAGUAGGCGGUCCAUCAAUGUGGCCAGGACCACAUUCGUGUUCACACUGCUUAAAGAAAAUACAUGUGGCCCAGAUCACCUGGGUCUGGCGUGAUAAGAUCGCUAUCCAUUCUGAGUGGGUGCUCACCUGUAUUUAGAGCUGUCCACUUGUGAUUGAAUCACAAAACCUGCUGUUACUACCAGGUGUGUAUGGGGUCUUAUUGUAAAAUGUGAAUUGGGUUAACAUGAGAACCACAUAAUUCUCUUUUUUCUAUCAAAUUUGGUCUGUAACUUUUCCAUCACAAAUCUGUAUUUUUUUAUGCAAAUGUACUUUCACCAACCUGUGCUGCUUUUUCUAAAGACCUUGGUACCACUGUGUGUGUGUUCCUGUUCUUAUAUCUUUGUGAGGAACAUUUAGAGAAUAGACCCUACUGAGUGAGGACAUUUUGACCGGUUCUCUAUGUUUCAAUGGGCUGUUUUAGGGGUAAGACUUGAUUUAAGGGUUAGAAUUAGGUUAGGGUUAGGCAUUAAGUUUAGAUGGUUAUGGUCAGGGUAAUGGGCAAGGGAAUGUAGUAUGUCAGUGAGUGUCCUCACUAAGAUAGAAGUACAAACAUGUGUGUCUGAGUGUUAGUGUAUGAGCGUCCAAGCUCCUAGCUUUAACCACACUCCUCAGCAGGUACACUGCUAUCCAGCCGUCUCCCCACCAUCUCACUGUAUGUAUAGUUGUGGGUCUCUCUCUCUCUCUGUCUCUCUCUCUCUGUCUCUCUGUCUCUCUCUCUCUCUCUCUCUCUGUCUCGCUCUCUCUCUCUUUCUCUCAGAGUGUACAGUACAAACUACAGCUGAUAUGGAAAGUUGUCCUGAAGCUGUUGACUUCUAAAAGUCAGAGAUUAAACUUCAUCUAAUUUCACA